CGGAAGGAGCCGCUCUGUCCAUCCCGCUCGUUGGUGGCGCGGUUACACAGCCGGUAGUCAGGAGCUUUUCAGCCCAGGGGCCGGCGCACGAAACCUGUUUGGAGGUUAUGGAUGAUAAACCCAAUCCUGAAGCCCUAAGUGACAGUUCAGAGCGUCUUUUCUCCUUUGGCAUUAUCGCAGAUGUUCAAUAUGCUGACUUAGAAGAUGGCUUUAAUUUCCAAGGAACCAGGCGGCGAUACUACAGACAUAGUCUUCUUCACUUACAGGGUGCCAUUGAAGACUGGAAUAAUGAAAGCAGCACGCCCUGUUGUGUCCUUCAGCUUGGAGAUAUCAUCGAUGGAUAUAAUGCACAGUUUAAUGCAUCCGAAAAAUCCCUAGAACUUGUUAUGGACACAUUCAAGAGGCUUAAAGUUCCAGUUCAUCAUACAUGGGGAAACCAUGAAUUCUAUAACUUCAGUAGAGAGUAUUUAACACACUCUAAACUUAACACUAAGUUUCUAGAAGAUCAGAUUGUACAUCAUCCUGAGACCAUGCCUUCAGAGGAUUAUUAUGCUUAUCAUUUUGUACCAUUCCCUAAAUUCCGGUUCAUUUUACUUGAUGGAUAUGACUUGAGUGUCUUGGGCGUGGAUCAGUCUUCUCCAAAAUACGAGCAGUGUAUGAAGAUAUUGAGGGAGCACAAUCCAAAUACGGAACUGAAUAGUCCUCAAGGACUUUCUGAGCCCCAGUUUGUCCAGUUUAAUGGAGGAUUCAGCCAAGAACAGCUAAACUGGUUGAAUGAAGUACUUACAUUCUCUGACACAAACCAAGAAAAGGUGGUGAUUGUGAGCCAUCUUCCCAUUUACCCGGACGCCUCUGACAAUGUGUGCCUGGCCUGGAACUACAGAGAUGCCCUGGCAGUCAUUUGGUCUCAUGAGUGUGUGGUGUGUUUCUUUGCUGGUCACACCCAUGAUGGUGGCUACUCUGAGGAUCCUUUUGGUGUAUACCACGUCAACCUAGAAGGAGUUAUUGAAACAGCUCCAGACAGCCAAGCCUUUGGCACAGUUCAUGUCUAUCCUGACAAAAUGAUGUUGAAAGGGAGAGGCAGAGUUCCAGACAGAAUUAUGAAUUACAAGAAAGAAAGAGCCUUCCAUUGUUAGUUUAAUUUAUUUUAACUUGAUAGAAAAUGAGCUUUGUGUUUGUCCCUCCUAAACAAAAAAAUAAAAAUCCUCUGUCUCAUU